CUGCUGCUGCUGCUGCUGCUGGAGCAGUGGAGCUGACUGACACAACACUGCUACACCGCCACCGCUCUGCCUCGCUUCUCCUCUCUGCCUUUCGCCUCACACUCUCCUUUGCUGGAUAAUCACCACUGAGUCUGAAAGCGACAGAGGACGGAGAGAGACAGACAGACAGACAGACAGACAGACAGACAGCCUGCACUCUUCAUUCAACUGCUGCAUUCUUCAGUUUGUCUUUUUUUUUUUCUCCUCUGCUUCUCUGGCCUGCUGGAGUGCAGCGCAGGGAACAACUGGUCGGGAGAGAACUCCCUGAAGGAAUUUAUCCUCCUCUCUUUGCGCUUCCUCCCUCUGUUCAUUCCUGGGACAGAGUGCAGAGGAGGAGAGAAGAGGGAGGGACUGAGAGCAGGACUUCAGCUGCACAGCUCAGUGUCCCACCUUGCUCCAGAGACACACAACACACACACACACAAGCACAUUUGCAUAGAUUGGACACAGUUCAGGCUGACCAGACUGGCAGACGGGGGACAGAUUGACAAAGACACAUAGACAGACAAGAACACAGACAGACAGACAGGUGGUGUCAUGGCGUCAGUGGACAGCACCGGUUCGAGUGUCCAUGGUCGGCUGAGAUCAGGGGAUAUACUUCACACUGGUCUGGCAGUUGCACUGCUGUUCGGUGUAUGGAGUGUUGGUGGACUGGAAGUCUUGACAGCCAAAGUGCCCCAACUUGAAGCCAUGAAUGGCUCCACAGUCCUGCUGCCCUGCACCUACUCCUCCUGUAUUGGCAUCAAAAACCUCUACUUCAACUGGCACUAUAAUGACAAUGGAACAUUGCUAAAGCUAUGUGAGGCAGUGAUUCCCAUGGAGGGAGUGGAGCCCAGGGUCAGUGUGUACCAUGAACGUGUGGAGUUCGUCGGCUCCUCAAAGACCAACAACAUCUCCAUUCUGCUGUGGAACAUCACCUUUGAGGACGAGGGAGAGUACAUCUGUUUCGCCAGGAACCCAAAAGAGAAGAACCGCAACCACAGUGCUUCCUACAUGCUCUAUGUGGUGGACCAAAUGAAGGAGGUUGACAAUACUUUGACGACCAUCAUCGUCUCAGUGCUGGGUGGAGUCAUUGGAUUAGUUAUCAUUGUCAUGGUGAUAAAGGCUUUGGUUGUUCACUUCUUACUGAAGGAUGACGAGAAGAACAAAGAGUGCCUGGUGACCUCCUCAGGGAAUGACAACACAGAAAAUGGACUUUCAGGAGCCAAAGCAGACAACAAAGGGACACCAAAGGCAUGAGUAAAAUGCAAAGUAUGUCCGUAUGUUUGUAUAUAUGUUAGACAAAUGUACACGCUCAGAGAAAAUGCUGUUAUCAGUGGACUGUUUUAUCUUACUAGCGGCUAACUAAUACAACAUGUAAAUGUCUAUUUUAAAUCAUGCUUGAGAUUUGGGAAGUGUGGAAUGUGCAUAUAGGCCUGGAUCACUCUCUCACCUACACGGCAGCCCAUUGGCCCCAGUGUGCAGCCUCUGUUAUCGAAUUCUGCUCUCCAUCUUACUGAAACCUAACACUUUGUCUACAGUGGAACCUCAAGUGAACUGUCUCUGCCUCCAAUUAUAUACACUCAUGGUUUCAAUACCAUUUGUACAUCAACGCUGAGAAAGAACUUUGCACAAAGCAGUUCCUUCGUUUCGUUGUACUUAUGUAUACACCAAAUUUCACAAAUCAGCCGCCACUCCAAACUACAGUUAACCAGUUUCAGUUGACAUGCUACCAGUAGGUUUGAUGAUGCUUCCAUUCACAACUGCGAGUCAAACUUGGACCCAAACAAACUUAACCAGUGGGAACAAACAGAGUUCAAUUGCAAAAACAGAAAGAAAACAUUCUUAAAAUGUAUGAACCAACACCAGUUCAGUUGGAGCAGACUGAUAUUCCUUUGACUGCACAAUAAAAAGUUAUACAUUUAGGAAAAUAAAAACUGAGAUUUCUUAUCAAAACAACAUAGUUUUACUGAUAUUUCCUGACUUGACACACACACACACACACACACACACACACACACACACACACACACACACAAAAGCAUUGGAAAAAUUAUAAAAAUAUGUUUUUGCAAAUGAACUCUUCACACCCUUUGAUGCCAUGAUGAAUUGCCACAACCUAUAAACUGCCAUGAUGUCAACCGAAGAACAGUACAUAAUACACAAACCCAAACCAGAGGACCAGUCAACAGGUUUUAAUCAUAAAUACAACAUUUUUGGUCAUAAUCAAAGAAAUGGCUCUGAUUUAAAGCAGCAAAUACAAGUUGUAUAUCUUUUUAACACUGCUUGUAAAACUGGAUUUUUAACAUUUAAGGAUUAGGUGUCAAUACUGAUUGAUAAUGUUUUACUGUUUUUGUGAGUAACAACCAAGGACUUUUUUUCCUGACCUUUUAGUCCUCAUCUAACCAUAACUACUGCCAGCCUGAACUUCAACCUGCCUGUUAACAGCUGGGUCUAGGUUUGACACAACUUUGGGGUGUUUGGGUCAUUAUUGCCGACAGUAGAUUUGGAUCAACUGCUGGUUAACUAAAGCUGACAACUGGGCUUUCUUAGGUGACCGAAGGAUCCGGUUCAGCACACAUUUUAUUAUUUUGCUUUAGAUGAAACACAGGUGCCUGUUCUGCUUCUGCUCCCUCUGCUGGUGGGAGGAUAAAAAAACUGAAAAUGUAUAAAAAAAAAAAAAAAAUCAACAACCCUUACCCUCAUCAAAGACAAUCCCUAGACUACCCAGCUCCCUAUAGAAAUGAAUGAAUUUAAUCAUGCUGCUUCUGACUAAUAACCAAUGCAUUUUUAGCAUGUGCGCAUUUUAUAUAACUUCAUAUAAGUAGGCUAUAUGUUGUCUAGCACCACAGUACAAGAACCUUUCUGUGUGUCUCUGUAUGGUCCCAUUUAACCCUUCACGUCCACCUCAACUGACUGAAGCUCUGUCAAUGCUUCAUAAGCACGUCCCAACAAGGAUACACUUCUCUUUUUUUUUAACCAGGUCAGGGUGAUCCAAGAGGGACUCUUCUUUUAGAGUAUAGGAAUGGCCUGUAGGUAUUUGUGGAACGGGAAGCGUAAAAUACAUUUUUAUUCAACAUUUUAACAUCUCGAAAUGUGAAUCAUACAGUUGAACAACUCCGCUAGAAGUUUAAGAAGUUGGCGCUUUCUUCAGCGGCUUAUCAGCAGAAUAUACUGUAAGUAGGGACAGUUCUAUGGAAACAAAUCCAUUUCCACAUUUCCACAAUCAUAUGCAGACUCUAACUGGCUACCUUCCAAUACAAAUUGAUAAGAAAACUGUCAUGUAACACACACAUAAUUGUGCUAAAAUAGUCCAAACAAGUCCACUGAUGCUGCCUCAGUAGUGCAGGUUGCAUAGCAUUGGGACGGAUAACUGAAUGUAUAGACUGUCAGGGAAUAGAUGUUAGAUAUUGUCAAAAAAAAGUAUAUUUUAAUUUAUUCUAAAAAUCGGAUUCAAUAUAUUAUUAUCAAAUGAAUGUGUGAAUAUAUCCCAAUAGGCCAGGAGAUUCAUCCUUCUUUGCCAAGGGUCUUUUCUCUUCUUCUUCUUUUUUUUUUAUUUUAUUUUUUUUACAACCAGCCAAUACUUUCGGUGUUUUACUCAGUUCAAAGUUCAGAUUAGCCAAGAACGAUUUGCUGUGAUUUAUUUCGGAAUAUGGGGCAUUGAAGAUUAUAAAAAGUUUGUGUUGGGUUUCUAAAAAGUAGCGGUAUCUUAGCAUUCAAGGGUUUAUCAGAAAGAACAAAAGAGUAACAAGUGAUGAAGUUUAGAGGGAGCUGGGAGAUGUUGAGAGUAAAUUAACAAAAAGAAAAAAAAUAUAUUCUAUACACAUUUAAAUGGUAGGACACUCAAAUUAAACAGAUUGUUACAUUUUAGCAGUCAUCAUAUUUUGUUGAAAUAAAGAGAAAUAAGAAAAGUUUUUUUUUUUAAAGUCACUUCUACUCCACCUUGUGAUAAGUAGAUGAACUUAGUGCUAAGAUGCCAACCGGAAACUAGACCCCGCUCUCAGUACGAGAGGUCACUAAUGUGAAGCUGGCAGAAAUGACCUGCCACACCCUCACACAUCGCUGGAAUAGCUGUGACAGCAGAACGCUACACACAAACACACGCACGCACAUACACAUGCACUCACAUACUAAGAGCCACUUUGAGUGUAAUCCGCUGGCCUUGCAAACAAACAAUAUAGCACUUUACCACGUUUCAGAGUGGGUGCACAAAACAGGAAAUCAAGGAGUUAUUAUACUUUUAUAAUGUAUUACAAAAGAUAACAAAAUACAGCAUUUCCAUGUUGUGUUUACCCGUCAACAGCAUUGUGUCCAAAUGGUUUUCACAUUGUCUGACUACAUGUUGUCUCAUUGGAACAGAGCUCUGUGGCAAGAUUUGAUAUGAUUUUUCUAUUUUUUACCUUUGUCAGCCUGCUGCCCUCUAAAACUGGAGUGCAUUUCCCUUCUUGCUUUCAAUGGAAGCAAUAAGACGGACAUCAGAUUAUGCAAUAACCUGUUAUAAGGCACUUUAUAGAUGUGUCUGGACUGGCUGUGGUGGCAACUCUGUCUGUCCACGGCACUGUUCAUUGUACCGACGUAUGUAUCUGCACUGUACUAAUGUAUUUCAGUUGGACUAAUGUAUCAACAAUCGAUGCAUUAGACAGAUGUCUCUGCUUUUGGAAAACUGUAAUUGCUUCUAACGCUAUGACUGUGCAGGGUUAGAAGUGAUGCAGCGUCCUCGUUGUGUUACAAAACUGUGAAUGUUAAAGGGUUUAUGGAAGCACUACACACACAGACACACACAUACACUUGCUUCCUUGCCUAACAAGUGUUGUGCAGAUUCCUCAGUGAAGAGGGCACACAUGUACAUCCAAAGUCUUCCUAUAGGGAAAAGCAAUAUUGCCGAGUUGAUCUGUCUUCUUCCUGACAUAGCAUAACAAACAGGUGGUUUCAUGUAGGGAUUGUGAUGCAUAACUUGUACUUUUGUGGAUGCAGCCUCCAUUAUGUGGUCCCCACUUAUUUCUGUGAUCCCUAACUGGAUUGUCAUGUUUUAGUAAACAUUUAGUAAAAAAGUAAACCUGUUAACAAAGUGGAACUAUACCCAGACACAAGUAUAUGAGGGAGGUAUCAGGGUGAUGCCCUGUUGAAAGAAAGUUACCUAUAUAGUAUGUGUGAUAGAUAAACCAAUGCUAUCUGAUUUAUUGCAGUCUACAUCAAGUUGCAUUGACUGUUUUUACUGUUUUCAAUGAGUUAUCUUUUCUCACACAAGUCCCUUUGUACACUCUGACCUGCCGUCUUUAAUAUCUGUCCUGAACCUUACAUGACUCUUGAGGUAAGACAACUGCUUAGCUGUUGCUGCAGUACUGAGUCUGCCCUGUACAGUGUGGGAUGCUUCUCUGCAGUGGUGCAAUACAGCCCAGUAAAUACAGUAUGACUGCCACCCAGUGGUCAAACUUCAACACAUCAAGUAAUCUUCCCUCUAGUGGAAUCUGAGGAGACAUACAACUUCAAAAUGCACAUUUUGAUUCAUAUUAAAAUUGCUGCAUACUCAAAAAAACGGUGUCAACUAAACUUAAAGCUAAGCUCUUAUGUAUACACGAGAUACAUGCAUUGCUUCGAUUUUCAUAGCUAAAACAACAUGAAAACAACAUAAAUAGUGAUACAUUUUUGCCAAUUGCUUUACAUGGCGCUACUAGUUAGAUUGUUUACAAGUGUACAUCAUUUUAAUCCCUUUGCCUAUUGGGCAUUUUAUCUACAUUUAAAGAAGGGUGAUUGAUGUGUAAGUUUACACUGAAUCUGAUGUUAUGUGCAACAAUUUGUACAAAAGUGAACCUUUAUCAAACCGCUCCCAUAGUGAGCAUUUAAUAUUUACUGAUAGUCUCAGUGUUACUGUCACAAAUAAUCACUAAAAUACAAACAAAGAGAUCUGACUGACCACUAUGAUUCCUUAGAGUUAGUAUUGCUCUUACUGCCAGAGCGGCUGAAACUCAUACUGCCAAUCCAAGAGUCUCACGUCUGCUGUUGUUACAACACUAUAUUAUAAUGACACACAACUCACUUAGUACACUUAAACUGCUAAAUAAUGUUGUAUUACCGUCUACCGCUGUAUUAACGGCAUUUCAGUACUAAAUUGUAGAGGAUAUCGCUCUGUACUACUUCUGUAUUUCUAGCAGCUGAAACUCACACUGCCAAGCCAAGAGUCUGACGUCAGCUCUCUGCUUCCCACAUUCCACAAAGAUCAAAAGAUCACACCGCUGAUCUAAUGUCGGUGUAGUUCAGCAGAAACGUCAGCUUUACAGUAAGUCUGGACCAAGGGGGUGAUCAAUGAAAUGAGACUAACUAGGAGCAAUAUAUUCCUAUCUUGGCAUUUUUCUUCAAAUUAUCGUGAGUGAUGCCAAACUUUGAAGCAUAUUGUGACCUAUCAUGUGUCAAUACAUGCCCAGCAAACUGCCUCUUAUGAUUCUUGUAAGAGAUAGCCUUAUAGAUCAAGGCUAGCUGGCUGGAGAUUUGAAUUACAAGCACAGGCUGACACUGACCUCUCCACGAUUUCCCCCUACAGUCCUGCAUUUUAAACUAUGUCAACAAUGUUUUCUACACAUCUAGCGGCUGUUGAUGUAAUUUUAUCUUAAUCAAAGUGACAAAAUCAUAUCUACACAUUGCACACUAUACACCAAUGUUAUAAAAAUUACAGUAUUUUAUAGUAAGUAGACUUCUUGCAGCAAAUGACCAUAUUUUGCUUACAUCAGCACAGCCCAUGGUACACAUACACAACACAUCUGCAACCCCGGGUUUCCUAAAUCAACUUUCCUCUGAAUGUUCAGCUGUUUGUCUGUAUUUGUGACCAUGUUGCUCAUGCUCCCUUCAUGACUAUGCACCUCAAACUUUUGACUUGUUAAAAAAAAAUACAUACUGGAAAUAAAAUGUUGUUUGAAAUUCCCACAA